AUGGCUGCGAACUCCAUCCUCGCCAACGGCGGCAAGGGGCCGUCGCCCGGCCGCCUCGCGGCGGUGUACAGCGAGGUGCAGACUAGCCGCCUCAACCACUCCCUCCCCCUCCCCUCCGUCGUUAGGGGACCCUUCAAGAUCGUGGACGGCCCUCUGAGCUCCGCCGCCGGGAACCCCGAUGAGAUCAAGAAGCUGUUUCCUAAUCUUUUCGGCCAGCCCUCCGCCACGCUAGUUCCGACGGGUUCCGCUCCUUCGGAGAUGGCUGGGAGUCUUAAGGUCGGAGUGGUGCUCUCUGGAGGCCAGGCUCCCGGUGGGCACAAUGUCAUCUCUGGGAUCUUUGAUUACUUGCAGGAUCGAGCCAAGGGGAGCACGCUGUACGGAUUCAAGGGAGGUCCAGCAGGGAUCAUGAAAUGCAAAUACAUGGAGCUCACUUCAGAGUACAUCUAUCCUUAUAGAAAUCAGGGUGGAUUUGAUAUGAUCUGCAGUGGAAGGGACAAAAUUGAAACUCCAGAACAGUUUAAGCAAGCUGAAGAGACAGCCUUGAAACUUGAUUUGGAUGGACUUGUUGUGAUUGCUGAUACUUCUACUCGUAGAGAUGAUGAUGCCGUCGACCCUUGA